AUAAAAUAACAUCGAUCAACAUAUUCAACAUUCGUUCUUAUUUCCCUGGAGGAAGCUCCAAGCCUUUUCAACACGUCAUAUGGUUCAAAUAUGACCGAUUAACAGGCCAAGAUGGACCGUUGAAGCUAGACAUGCACGACAGCGAAUUCCUAAAUAGGAUUACUACCGAUGAUAGCCAUACGUUGACAAUCAAAAAAUUUCGCCAAAUAGAUGCUGGGACUUACUUUUGUAAAGAUAUGGUGGACCGAUCUGAUUAUCUCAUAAGGGAUGAUGAUAUAGAUGUUUCUAUUAACUCUACUAAUAAAACAGGGAACAAGCAGGUCUCUCAUUUCAAAAUAUUUUACCAUUUAGACGUUGUGGAAGAGAUCUUCAAUGAAAUUACCAGAUGUCCUGUUCCGAAAUACAAAGACUAUUUGACAGAUGGAUUGAUGAUAUACUCUGACUGGUCUGAAUGGGGCCCCUGCAGUAUUUGUAAACCUUCUACCUUAAAAAUGAAAGAUGGGGCAAAUCUCACGAUGAUUAACGAAGAUUUUAUAGGCGAGAGGAGGAGAUUCGGUAGGUGCAAGGUCAAGGCCAUCAAUUCUCGUAUCCAAAAUACUAAUAUUAGCGUUAAUCAAUCGAUAACUGAAAAAUAUGAAAAUUCUGCGCAUUCUUCAAACCAGAUUUUCGGGGAAAUUCUCAAAACCUACGAAGAUAAUAAUGUGCAAGGAGGGGGUGGAAUUCCCUGCAAUUCGUCACUCUUCAACAUUUUCAAACAUUUUUCGAGUACUUUUGAUAAUGCAAGAAAGAGACCCAAUGAAAUCAAGAUCGAAAAUUGCAUAGAGAUUUGCCAGCUUACGACGCUUGAACCUAAUAGAUAUCUCAAAAAAUAUAUGUCCAAGCAAAAAGAACCAAAAGGGAAAAAAGCAACGGAAAAUAUUGAAGAACAAGAUAUAGAUAUACAAGAGGAAACCAUAGAUGGGAGUGCCUCCAAGACGAGUUUCUUGAAGAUUGAGUCUUACGUUAACGUUGAUAUGCAAAAAAGACGAGGAAUUCCAUCUUUCAAAAUUGAAGCGGAAGAAGGAGAUUCAAUUGAUUUAUAUUGUCCAGGGUUAUCUGAAACUAAAAGAAAGAUGGAAGAAGAAACAUUUGAGGAAACCUUUGCUAUUAGAUGGCAGAAUGGCACUCAUGUAAUUCGACAUUCGCCUAUAUCGUUUGAUGAUACUUCAAGUGACGCAAUCAAUGAAGCAAAAUUAAGAUACAUAGACAUCGAUCAAUACUUUGUUUUGACCCUCAGACCUCUCAACCUUGGAGAUACUGGAGAAUUUUCGUGUUGGAAUGGUCGAAAUAACGAAAAAUUAGGAAUCAUUAGUUUGAAAGUUAAACCGGCAUUGGUGAUUCAAGAAGGUAAUAAUUAUGAAAAACUUUAG